AUGAGUAAAGUUCUCUUUUCGAAUUCUAGAGGUGCAGGAAGUGAGAAGUUUAGAUCUGACAUUACAGAUCUUGUUAAAUUACAUUCAAUUGAUAUUUUGGCUGUUUGUGAACCUCGGGUCCAAUUUUCUAGAGCUAAAGAUUCACUCCUAUCUCUUGGAUUUUCUGAUUAUACAAUUGUUGAAGCCAAUGGUUUUUCUGGUGGUAUUUGGCUCUUUUGGAACUCUAAUCUCUGUAAUAUCCAUUUUGUCGAUAAAAAUUGUCAAUCAAUCACAGUUAAAGUUACUCUCCCUGGUGGUAUCAAUUGGAUGCUCACUGUGCUGUAUGCUAGUCCUACUAACUCUAUCAGAAGUAAUCUAUGGAAUUAUUUUGAUCACCUGGUUUCAACACAUCAGCUGCCUUGGAUUUUUAUUGGUGAUUACAAUGAGCUUUAUUCCUCUGCUGAUAAAAAUGUUGGUUCUAUGCGUGGAAGAAUUGGAGGUCUUAAGCAGUGGGUGGAUCAUAACUCCUUAAUUGAUAUGGGAUUCUUUGGAUCCAAGUUUACUUGGUCUAAUAAUAGAAUUAAAGAAAGACUGGACAGAGCUUUUUGCACUUGUGAUUGGAGAUCUUCCUUUCCUGAUGCUUUUAUUAGACAUUUAGCUAAAAUGAAAUCUGAUCACUGUCCUAUUCUUUUACAACUUCAUUCUAAUAACUCUGUGAAUAGAGCUGCUAUCCCUUUUAGAUUUCAGGCUAUGUGGAUGACUCACAAUGAUUUUGCUCCUUAUGUUGAUACUACCUGGAAAAAUUCUCAUGGUUCUUUUGUUGAAAAAACUAAUGCUCUUUCUCAUGCUCUUUUGGACUGGAAUCAAAAUACUUUUGGUAAUAUCUUCAAAAGGAAAAGACAGUUACUUGCCCGCAUUGGUGGAAUUUAA